GCAGUGGCGGAGGCGCACCCAAAGUACCAGCAGCCACCGCCCAGCAGAGCGCAGCAGGAUGCCUACAAUAACGGCGUCAACCACCACAUAGAGGUCCUCGCGACAUUGGUGGUGGCCACGCGGAGAUCUGGUGCAGAGGACCAACCGUCAAUCGAGCACAUCGCGGUCCUGAAGUAUGCGAUCGCAGCACUGGAUCCAAUCAGCACCAGAAUGGCACAGACCAAAUACGAGAUCGCGAUGACAGCCGAGCAGAUCGAGAAGCUAGAUCACAAGAUCGAGGAGCUUCAGACGCGAAGAGAAGAGAUGACACAUAAUGUAUCAGGGCUAAUGGAGAACAUGCAGGACCUGGAGGCCUUAGAGGAGGAAGAGAAGACGAUGAAGCAACAAGAGGCGGCGGCGCACAAUGUCACCCCACCGCCUGCAAGGCCAGCGGCGGCAUCUCCUUUCAUGGCAACACACGGUAUGGCUGCGGGACCGUCAACAACGGCAUGGCCGACUCCACAGAUCCCAGUCCAGAGCCCAUUCGUUCCGCAGCAGCAGGGCAUGACCCCCCCAGCCGAGAUCCAGCAGCUCAUGCAGAUGUGGAUGCAGCAGCAGGCGGCGCAGCUGGCCAAGGGAACAGGCAAAAGAGGGACGUUCAUGCCAUGGCUGGCCUCAGGACCUCCGCCAUCGCAGAUGCCACAUCGUCCAUCGUCGAGCCCAGGGGCGAAGAGAGAAGGACCAACUCACCCGCCCAGCGAGCAGCCAUGCCUCAAGCACCAGGUCAAGCAGCAGGUGAACGAAUACGACAGGGUGGUGGACGCGGACUUCAGCGGCCUCAUAUGCGAAGGCACCGCGGCCCCGUUGCCAGCGUCGCAGACGGCGCCAGCAGCAUCGGCACCAGUUGGAGGGAUUCUGACAGCGCAGCAUAUUGCAGAACUACAGAAGACGAACAUUAUGCAGCCGAUCGUGGUAUCUCAAUCGGACCCGUCGCAGGCCUUGCACCAGAGGGGUGCCAUAUGGGGACCAACGCAGAUGUGGAACAACCCGAACAGCCAGCAGCAGGUCAUGUCUCAGUGCUCACAGCCAGAGGCGGUGGCCUCUGUGGACCCCGCGCAGCUGGCGCCAACGCAGCCAGCAUCUCAGCAGGAGCUGAUUCAGGGCCCGAAGGAGAGCCUCACGGGCGACAUCUGA